AUGCUCGACACGACGACAUCCCUUUUACAUCACGGUUGGGUGGGCCGGGAUAUAACACCAAUUUGUAAUUCUUUCUUAGUGCCUGGUGCAACUGUGGCAACGAUACUUAUGCUUGGUGCUCUUCAUGCCCGUCGAUUAUAUGAUGAUAAGAAGAUUGAGGAAGCCAGGUCGUCAGGUGUUGAAUUAGAGUUCCACCCAGAUGUGAAGGCUAGAUUCUUGAGAUUGCUACCAUUGCGCUCUAUUUCAAGGUUGUGGGGUUCCUUGACUAGUGUGGAACUUCCCAUUUGGCUGCGACCAUAUGUAUAUAAAGCAUGGGCUCGAGCAUUCCACUCUAAUUUAGAAGAAGCACAACUACCUUUAGAAGAAUAUGCUUCUCUACAGGAAUUUUUCAUUCGCUCGUUGAGAGAAGGCUCAAGGACUAUUGAUUCUGAUCCUUACUGUCUGGUAAGUCCUGUGGAUGGCACUGUUCUUAGAUAUGGAGAGUUAAAAGGACCAGGGGCCAUGAUUGAGCAAGUAAAGGGAUUUUCUUAUCCUGCUUCUUCCCUUCUUGGUGGAAACUCUUAUCUUCCAAUGAGUGCUGCUGGAGAUGCUAAUUACGAAGAAAGUGGGGUGGAGGAGAGUAAUGUUGGACAUGUGACCCCAAAGUCAUGGUGGAAAAUUUCGUUUGCUUCUCCUAAAGUUAGAGAUAGUGUAUCGUCCCGCCCAUUGAAAGGCCUCUUUUAUUGCGUAAUUUACCUGAAGCCUGGAGACUACCAUCGGAUACACUCUCCAGUAGAUUGGAAUAUUCUUGUUCGUCGGCAUUUUACAGGUCAUCUAUUUCCAGUGAAUGAGCGUGCAGCCAGAACUUUUGGAAACUUAUAUGUUGAAAAUGAAAGGGUGGUGCUUGAAGGUAAAUGGCAAGAAGGCUAUAUGGCUCUGGCAGCCAUAGGAGCAACAAACAUUGGUUCCAUUAAGCUUUUUAUUGAACAAAAUCUGAUUACAAACAAUCCCCGGAAGAAGUUGCUACGUUCAGAGUCUCCGGAUGAAAAAGUAUACGAACCUCAAGGCAUUGGCAUGCUGCUUAAGAAGGGAGAUGAGCUAGCUGCUUUCAACAUGGGAUCAACUGUGGUGUUGGUUUUUCAAGCUCCAAUAUCUGCAGACAAAGAACAGUCUGAAUUUAAAUUUUGUGUCAAGAAGGGUGAUAGGGUCCGCAUGGGUGAGGCACUGGGAAGGUGGAACAAAUUAUAG